AUGAGAGGAAAAGGCAAGGAAACAACUCCGACCUGCUCUUGUGGCAGUAAAACCAAUUUGAAGACUUCAUGGACUGAUAGGAACCCGGCAAGGAGAUAUGUUGAAUGUGCUAAUGGCAAGGUUGAUGGCUGUGGUUAUUGGAAUUGGUAUGAUGAAGAAAUGUGUGAGCGUUCGAAACAAGUCAUACCCGGUCUUUUAAGAAGAAUAAAUAGGGUGGAAACCGAGAAUGAAACUUUGCGGCAACAAAUUCUCAAGUUGCAAAAGAAAGCUGAGAAAAUGGAGGAUAAAGUAAAAAAUCUGAAGGAGAAGCUUAGAAGAAAGAAUGUGAAAAAAAUGGUCAUUGUUCUUUUUGUUAUAGCCUGGACAAUUGUUAAUGCAUCAAUAUGGAUUUGGGGGCCUAACAAGGGACAGAAGUUUGGAAGGCUGCAAAUUGAUGGCUACUAG